AUGGAGAAUGAAGAACAACCAAAUACGGAAAAAAGUAAUGAUGAGGUGACAAAAAAGGUCGGUGAAAGCGAUUCCAUAGUUUUGCCAGAAGCAAGAUCUAGCGAGCAAAGUUUGCAAGAGCUAACUUCACUGAUACAAGGAGUAUUGCAACAAACGCAGGAUCGUUUUCAGCGCAUGUCUGAUCAAAUUAUUGGUCGAAUAGAUGAUAUGACAAGACGUAUUGAUGACUGCUUACGUAUGCUGGCAUUUGGUAUGAUGGACUUAUUCUAG